UCUCUUCACUCGCCCAUACGCACAUACGCGCGGACACCGGCAUGCUGAUCUGCCGGAAACCGCUGCUGGCGGCCCUCCUCUUGGGCGCGGUCCUUCUCGCGGCGGCCGCGCGGGCGCGGCCAGACGCCACCCAUGCCGCCACUCCCUGGGCCUCCGCCACCCAAUACGACGGGGAUCUGGUCAAGCGUGGCCGCGUCCAGCCCACGACCCCUCUGCUGCGUCUGGAUCUCGACACCCGAGUCCACUCGGCCGGUAGCACCCCGGAGUGCAGCCGAUUGAACCUCGGCCAGUUUUUCUGCGACGACUUUGAGGCCACCUGCUCGCCAGCGGGCAUCCGGAAAGUCCACUGCACAGCACUCGAUGGGGUGACGUGCUCCGGCCCGCGGACGUUCUCCCUCGAGUCCCCCUGUCAGCUCAACGGCCCCUCAAAUUACCGCUUCUCCACGGCGGUCAUCCUGUCGCUGACGUUCGGCUGGCUGGGCGUGGACCGCUUCUACCUCGGCUACAACUUCUACGGCAUGGUCAAGCUCUUGACUUUCGGCGGCAUGGGGCUUCUCUGGCUCGCGGAUUUCAUCUGGAUCUCGAGUCAGGCCCUGGGCCCGGCCAAUGGCGAGCCCUAUCGCGUGCUGACGUAUGGGCCUCGCACGCGGCCGCUGCUGGUGACCAGUACACCGGUACCGACCCUGGGCGAACGCCUGGCCACCGGUGGAAGUCUCAUGCAGUCGGCGUGGAGCCCGGCGGCCACUUCGGCCCUGCCACCAGCCUCGGCCGAUACCAGCCCCGCCGUGGUGGCCGGCGGCCAGGAUCCGGCCCCGGCGGCCGGGGAUCUGGCGGCCGCCGAGGCCGAAUAUCUCGGCCCCUCGGCCGCCUCUCUUGCCGGCAUCCUGGCCGGGCUGGCCGACACGCCGGAUCUGACCACGGUCGCACGGGCCUCGCUCCCCGGCGGCAGUGGCCAGCUCCCCCGGGAGGCCGUCUUCCAAUUUGACUCGCGCCGGCGCGGCACGAAGACCCGGACAUUCGUUUUCGACGGGGAUCUCUGAGCGGGGACAUAUUCUUGCGCGCCCCGCGUUCCUCUUCUCGGGUCUGCCUUUCUUCCCCCUCAUCCUCCGCCCUCUUCCCCGUGUUGUCGGGCGAAAGAUCCUCCGCCCCCCCCCCCCUCUCUUCUCAGC